CAGUUACCAACCACCCUGUAGAAUUGUAGAACCAGUCAUUUUCACUGGUGUGUUAUUUCUAGCGUUAGCAUCUAGCGAUCUAGCGAUCGAUCCGAAAUUUUCCUGAUAACUGAUAUCGUCGUAUCGAAGGAUACGCGGUAAAAAUUUGAAAAACGCGUGGCAAGUUGUAGAAAACGAGAAAAUUGGUUAAUCGGGGUUCGAUAAACGGAUCGCAGCACCCUUUUACACUUCGACGAUGAGUGCCAGUCAUUUUGACCGGUAUUUUUAUCUUUUUUUACAAAGGAGUUUAUCGAGCCCAGAAAAUACAGAUUUCAAGUGCAUUAUUCACAAUAAACAUGAAUUUUUGUAUUGGUAUGUUAGGCAAAGGUAUCGAUACGCGGCGGUACGACGUAGCCAUGCUGUAUUUUGACCGGUAUUGGUAUAAGUAGCUUUGAUGCAAAAUUAUUUCCAGCUUGAAUACAUAAAAAACAAAAAAAAUUCGUUAUAUUAUUAUAACGUAGGAAUUUUAAAAUAAAAUUGUAAAACCAGUCGAUUCGACUGGUGUGAUAGUUGCAGUGUUAAAGAGAUGGUUGUACACGUCGUUACAUGUAACGUGUUCUUCAGUCUCGUUGUCCCGCUCUUUCUGAUCGAACCUGUAUCGACGUAUACAGCUAUACAAAAUUGUACCAACCGGGGCCAUGUUUUGACGUUCGAUGGAGCACGUUCGAUCGUUUUAGUUUCGCGCGGUAAAUUAGCGAAAACGACAAUUUUUUAUUUCGUCGUAUUCGGGUAUUUUGAAAACGUGUGGUGCCGGGUUCGCUAUCGCAGUUCGAUCGAGUUCGUAUACGAAGAAUAUCACGAAGGUGUAUGAUAACGUGUUAAGCCAAAGAGAAUUCGAUUUCCACUUAAACGCAAUUCAUUACGAUCGAUUUAUCUUCGUUUGUUCGAUAUUUCCAAGAUGGCUUUGUUACCUGUCGCUAGUGUACGAUCUUUACUACAAUUAAUUUAUUUACAACAAAUUGAUUAGACGUCGAUUAAACAGGAAACGAUGAUUGUUUAACCUGAAUUGAUCUCGCAAUAACGUAUCGUAAUUAAGACAACUAGAUCGUUAAUUAGCAACUCUCGUCACCACACAUCCAACGCUCUUUCGACAACACUAGGCGACACUCUCUCGCUGACUUCUCGAUUCACAUUCUCUGGCUUCUCAACUUACACUCUUUCGCUUCUCAACUAGCACUGACUAGUAAUUCGUCUUUGUCCUUUAGCGUCCCUUUACCUUUUGUCUUAGCCCCACCACGUACGUGUUUCGCAACCGCUCAUGGCCAGGGUCACGUACGCCUUUUCCACGAAACUACUCGAUCGAAGAACCGACGAUACGUUGUUGGGCCUGCCGGCAUAUCGGCUUUCUCGCGACAUUGUUUAUGGUUCGGUCGAUAUCUCUCAGGCCAUUUGUCCACGCUACUGCAAUAAUUUCUUAUAAUCGAUUUAUUCUCGUUCGUUCGAUGUUUGCGAGAUCACUUAUAGCUAUCUAUCGCUAGCUUAUUCGUUAUUACGGAGAAAAGUGACCGCUCUUUCUACCGAGAACCGUCUCACCGUUGUUUAUUGGGACCCGUUCUUGGCUUACGAGUUGUUUAAAAAUGUCUCGAUUCUUGGAUAUCUAUUGUUAGCUUAUCCGUUAUUACACACCGGGACUGACUGGUUUCCACUCGAGCUCUGUAACGGUUCUGUCGUUGCAUAAUCGAAUAUAUUUCUAAAUUUGGAAAUUGCUCGAAACGUACCGAGAUUCCACGACGUUUGUCGCCGAUCGGUUUACCCAUCCACGUUCCAAAGAAGCUUUCGUCGACGUUCGAAUAUAUCGAGUUUUUCCUUAUCUCGAACGAAUCGAACGCGUUGCGUGACAAGAAAGACGGACGUUGGCGCGUUAACGGAAGACGAUUUACGAGUAUCGUCGAUUCCGAGGACGAAAGGAAGAAUUCCGAGGGUUUUCUUAUACUUGAAAAAUCCGUAAUUAUCGCUAGCGAUACGUAUCGAGAUUUUCUAUUUUCUGAUCUUCGUGCAAGAAACGAGAAUUUUUCCUUCGAAACGAAUUCUCGUUUCUAAGAAUAUUUUUAAACGAGAUGUUUCACAGGCUAUUUUCCAAGACGUAUCGCAGUCAUUCGACGUAGGAGACAUAGAAAUAUUUUUAAACGGCGGAAAACAAACUACUCGCGAAACAUCGAAUGAGAUAUUAUUCCUAUUAUACCGUGUUAUUUCGGUUUUAUAAGCGGUAAUGGUAUAAGGUUUCCAGAUAUAUACGAGUUUUCGGUGCUCUACUAUUUUCGAUUCGCGUCCGUUUCGUAAACAGCCCGACCUCACAUAGGCAAAACGGUGUGUCUCGGACGGUUAGCGUGGCUGAUCUGUUGGCAGCACUCAGGAUGCUCGAUUUUUUGCUCUCAUUUAUCCGGUUGUUGCACAGCCACCGCGCGACCAUGUAAUUUUCUGGUCAAGCCAACAAACGGUUACAAUGUUCUCUGCUAUUUGUAGAUUAACUUGUUUGCGCGUAAGGAAUUCGAGUAAAUACUCGACUUACUUUCGCUUCUUCGUGCCGUGACGUUAACUUUUAUUAAUCGAGCGUUCAAUUAGCCUGCCGAUUGUUGCUCGCGUUUUCUACUCUACGAUUAUUAUUAUUUCAUUAUUUCACUCUACGAUUAGCACCAACGAGUUGCGCGAAUUUCGUAUUUUGCCGCGAUAGAUGAAAAUACGCUACGGCGUAUAAUGCAAAAUAUCGGAUGCUGCGUCUAAAUUUUUUAAUUAAUUUUUAGUUCGUCCAGCCUAUCUUAUUUUUGAAUAAUUGCAAAGGAUUCGGCAAAAUCGAAUGUCAGUGGCAUUGAACGCGUUGAAAGAUCGACUGUCGUUACGAUCGAUCGAUCGAUCGAUCGAUCGAUCGACGAGUUUCGAAGCACCUUGCGUCAACGAAUUACGCGAGAGUGGAGCGUGGAACGCGGCGAGAAAAGGAGGAAAGAGGGGAAAAAGAAAGGAGACGAGAGACGUGGAAAAAGAAGAUCCUGGUUGCACUCGGCUCGAUUCUUCCCUGCUGGUUCACGGGGUUAAAUAUACCCUCGUGUUUGCAUCAUACGCGUUCGCGAAACCGAACAACCGAGAGGAGAGGGGGAAGGGAUAGCGCGUUAAGGUAGAGACGGGAAGGUAAUAUUAUACGCAUAUGGGAAAAGACGGGAGAGCAGGUAACGUGGAAAAAUAAAUAAACGAACGCGAGGAAAAAUAAAUACGGGAAAAGGAAACGGGGUGAAUUCGCGGAUAUCGAAUAUCACGAAUAUAUGCAGAGGCAAGGAAAUUGUUAACUGCGAAAAGAUGGGACGAUCGCGUUUUGAAUCGACGAAACCUAUCGUUUUCGUCGACCAACGGUUGCAAACGUUUUCGAAGAAACGCGACUGCUUCGUCGCGCGUAAAACGACGCCGUUUUCAAACGCCGCUGCUUCUGUAAUUAAAGAUCGGCGAAAUUGGAACGACUAAAAACGUUGUUGGGAAAUACAAAGACAAAGUGGAUGGAUCGGACGAGGAAGGUUUAUCGAACGUAAUACGACCGAACGAGGUACGCGCAGCGACACGGCGAUGAAAUAGAAAAAGAAGUAGAAACAGAGAAGUAGAGAAGCGAAGAAAAGAACAGACGCGAACGAAGCACGCGAUGAGCGAGAGAGAGAGAGAGAGAGAGAGAGAGAGAGAGAGAGAGAGAUGGAAGGCUAGAGAGGUUGAGAAACGAAGAGAGACAGCGAGGAGAAGGUUCGGAGACGUCUGCUAUUACGGAGCACCUCCGUGGUCAUGGCGCACAGCCCGAUAUGGAGCAAUCUCAGAUUUCCAUCCGCCCAAAUCAAGAAUAUACGCCCUCGCCUCCGCUCUCGCUCUCUUCUUCCUCUAAGGGGGAUCUCUGCUCGUCUUCUUUGCCACCGCCAUCGUCUCUGUAUUCCUCUCGCUACCUCUCCCUCUUUUCUUCCUCAGGCGGAGGUGGAGGCGCUGCUCGGGGUUGGUGCUUGGCCGUUGGUGCUGGUAACAGUGCCAAAACUGCCUCAAAACGGACUGCUCCGUUUUGUCGUCCUCCUCUUUCUCUCCCCUUUUCGGCUCUCUCUCCUCUCCUUUCCUCCUUCCCUAUCUUCUUCUUCUACUCCUCUCUUCGAUCUCUCUUUGUUUCUCUUCUUCUUCCUCUUCUUCUUCUUCUUCUUCAGCCGCUUCUUCUUCUUCUUCUGCUGCUGCUGCUUCUUCUUCUUAUUCCUCUGCCUCUUCUUAUUCCGCUUCUUCUUCUUCUUUUCUCUGUCUAGUCGUUCGCGCGUGUUCCUUCCCUCUUCGCGUAUCGCUGGUCCCGUGCUCGUCCACGGAUAACCUAACUCAUCGCAGACACGUGCCCUCUAUCCGCCUUCUUGCACCUUCCUUCUUUCGAUUACCGUCUCCGUUCUCGGCAUCCAGUUGGUCGGCGAUACGAUCGACCACGCUUUCCCCGUUUUUCCAGCGUGUCCGUGGCUGCGCCGAACUCGCGAACGCCACACGACCCGGUCGAGACAACAAGUGUCCGGAGCGAGGAUCGCGCGAUUCGAGUUCAUCGCACCGCGACCAUCGUGUCGCCACGUUCUCGUUAUCGUUCGUCGUCCUAUCCGCGUUCGCCGUUGAUCGCGAUCGCGCCAGUGAUUUUCUACGAAAUCACCACCAGCCCAGCGAAGAUUCCUCGGACGGAGGUUUCCGGUGGAGUCGGAGCACGAGCUUCAACGACGAAUGUUGGUGGUCCGUGGAACAGGAUUUACCGGGAACCACGAUCCUUCGGCAACGACCGUUCAUGUUGCCAGAAAGCAAGUUUCCCGUCACAGGGGGCACUAUGCAGACCGAGGAAAUCGUGUCUCGCGCGCAAUCUACUGGUAUAGACGGUGGUCCCACGGACAACGCUUCUCUGCACCAUCAUCCGCAUCGUUCGUCGCGUGUAAAGUGUCCGCUGCCACCUCUGCUCCACAUGGCGGUCAAGCAGGAGCCACAGGAGGAGGAGGAACGAAGUCGUGACACGAAUGCGUUGAGUCCUCAAGUAGAUGCUGACGUUUCGCCGACGUCCGUCGAUGGCAAACACGGACAUGGACACGAAACCAGCCAUCAUCAGAUUCAAGAACUGGAGGAAAGCGCAGGACAGACUGUUACGGAUCUCAAUAGCCGAGGAAGGCCGAGCCGAGGCCGCAGGAAGUCGCGAUGGAAGCUCAAGUUUCAUCACCAGGCGCUGCCCCCGGAGUACCUUGACCACUACGAGGCGUCCCUUGCUCAAGAGGCUUUAAACUCGUCGCCGACGCGGCUAACGGAACCGACGAUUCCGAGCCCGGCGCCAACCAGCUCCACCUCGACGCCGAGUCCCAUCGCCGACGUGCACGGCUGGCUGCAGCGGAUCGCCGCGAUGCAACAAGAGCUGUGUCCGCGGAUCUCGUCGUCGCAAUGCUCGCCCGUAAAUUCGUGCCAAGCGUCGGGCUCCAGGAGGUCCGUGAUCACGUCCACGUCCACGCACGCGUUGAACGCGGGCCACCAUAAUCACAACCACGGUCACGGUCAGCAGCAACAGCCGCUGUCUCAAGGAUCCGGCAGGCCGCCGAUGAAAUACUCGGAUCUGCCUUACAUGGGCGAGAUCACGCUGGACAACAGCAAGCCGCGACGCGGUAGGAAACCGAAGAAAGCCGACAUUUGCCAUUUAAUCUACAAGAAUUACGGCACCAUACUGCCCGGCACUCCUGGCCACGAGGAGAGAAGGCUGUCGCCGAGGGACAAGUUGGACUGCCGCGAGAGGAUCUCGCCGCAGAUGCCGUUCCAACGGACCGACGUUCAGAAUAGAAUCAGUAGCUUGUUGGAGAAACGAUUGACUCAGGAGUCGCGACGAAGCUUCGGCGCGAUGGAAAACUCAAGGGAGCAGGACGAGCCGUUGAAUCUGUGCAUCAGAGACUUGAACCAGCUGAAGAUCAGGCUACUGCGAAAACACGGCAACGUGUACGAGUCUGGGCAGGUGAAGAGCGAGACGUCCAGCGACGGAGAAGAGAUCGAGUGUAUAGGCGCCACGUUCCCUUCGGAACCGGGCUACCGUUCGCUGGAUCAUCUCGGUCACAUCACCGGCAACAACGUCAAUCACAACAACAACAACAACAACAACAACAACGUGAUCGAGCCCGUGUUGGCUGGCAAUCCCGGAUUCGUUUACUGGCCGAACGCCGGAGUCUUUAUCCAUCCGAUGGCGUUGCAAUCGCAGCUGCUCUACUACCAAAAGAUGGCGCAGAACGACAAAUGCUAUGCCCGUGGUUUGGAUCAACAUCCGAAGGAGCAGAAGAUCGUCCCAAAAUCGAUAUACUCUAUGAUGGAGACGAAGAGUCCGCCUCUGUUGCCGGCCGCGGUCCAACCAGCCUCUCAGACGGCCACCGUCGUGCCGCCUCCUGUCUCGCCCAGACCGAAGAGAAACGCGUCCGUGGUUCAAGCUCAGGGACAGCCGACGAAGAGGAAACGAUCCGCCAUAUUCAUCCCGCCCAUGCCAUCGGAGAACAACAACAAUCCAGCGACGGAAGUGAGCAUAUGCAAAUUUAAAUUCACCGGAGGUGCGAAGCCCAGUCUACAGGAGAAGAAGAGCCUGUCGGUGGAUUCGGGCGGCAACUUUAGAUACUACAGCGGCACCGGUGACAAGAGUAUGCGCGGCUACGAGUUCUUUCCGCGGGAAGCGCUUCAACAGUCGGCAGGGCAAUCGGGUUCCUCGACGGGAGCUUUUCUCAACGCCGCCGGCGAGAGGAUUCAGCCGACGGCCUGCCAGAGGAGCGGCAAUCAGGAGGAAGGUCGUCGCAAGAGGAAGACUCGAAAGUCCCUUCAGAGGGAGAAGCUGGAGCAAACGUUCAAGGAGAAAGGAUUUCUCAUACAGACGCAGCAGCUGGAGUCCGCCGAGGGCGCUACUUACUGCAAGUUCCGGCAGCUUAGGAAAUUCACCAGGUAUCUGUUUAGAAGCUGGAAGGACUACCUUCCGGGGAACGUGCGCGAGCUGACGGGCGCGCCGGACAACGAAAUGGCCGACGGAGACGCGGAGAGCGACACGAACGUGUUACCCUCGCCGGUCCCUCGUCCCAAUAUGAUGGUGGACGUUCCUGCUGGCUUCGUCGACGAGCAUCGCGCCCUGCCUCUCACGUGAAACGUUGAAAUCGCUGCCCGAGGCGGUCGGACGAUUCCAACUUGACGCUACUUUUGCCACGGUUGCGUGCCGCGUUCCGGCUCCGCGGAGUACGCGCGCCACGCUGCCUCGUAUCCAGCGGAUAUCGAUCGGUUCAACGAUCGUUCUUUUUCUUGCCAGUGCUCGAAGCGAAGAACGGCCAGCGUAUUGUACAUAGAUUUCGAACGACGAUCGAUCUCGAUGAGAAGAACGGCCAAAAAUAGUCGAGAGGAGCACUUCCUCCGAGCGAGUUUCGUACGUCCGUGUUUCGUAUCCGACGAAAGAUAUCAGCUAACGAAACGAAACUUUGGUAAACGAUAAACCGCGUAUUGUAGGACGAUAUUCCUUAAGCCGUGACGGAUGUAACGAUGCGUUGCCGAUGAGCUUUGGCCGACAGAGAUGUAACAGGAAUUGAAAACGAAAGAAACGUUUAGAUUCCGAGGAGGAAUCGGUUGUCAAAAUUAACGGACGAGAAAAUGUCGUUAAAACGCGAUCGUUAAAUCUACUGGAAGCGGGUGGAUCGUUGUCGAUCGCCUCGUCCAUCGAGUUUGUUGGUUCAGCGACGUCUCCUUUUCGCGAUUUUCUAGCCAUUCGUCUGUAUCGCGAUGCCUGUUACGAGUCUCGACAGGUACAUACCUGGUCGUUGUUGCUAUAUCGUUGCUAGCGUUUAUUGCAUUCGUCGGUGUUAAACCGCCUUGUUACGGUAUUUUUAAGAAACCUAAUUGGCGCAACGUAAAAACAGCCGAUCGGUUAGGGCGUAGAGGACAGUUCUAACGCGUUAACCUGUUACACGAUUCUCCUAAUAAUUCGUCUCUUAGGUCACCGAUGUUUUCGAUGUUUAGCCGCCUUCCGCUCGAUUAUGUUUAUUUCAAAGUAUCGAAAACUCGUCGCCAAAUCUGGUCGAUUGUUCGAUGGAUCGUCACCGGGCGAUUCAGCGUUCGCAAAAUCGAGAACGCGCGAUAUUCGCAAUAUUCGAAAGACUCGAUCGACGUGGUUUCUCGUUCGUCGAAUUUACCAUCUUGGCCGAAGAAGUCGCCGAUUAAGAAACGUAACACGGCGAACAAGGUAACAGGUUAAACGCGAAAGACAAUCGCGUAGCUUUCGCUCUGCGCUCGCGAUCGACGUCAGCUGACCGUUAACGUCGCGACGGUUCGGUAUCGAGACUUUACAACGCGUGUAAAACACGAUGAUAGUUGAAAAUUUCUUUUAUCGAACUUUCCCGUUGUAUUUUUUUUCUUAUCGAACGACGACGCGCGCGUUGCUAAACAUCGCACACGGAUUUCGAGACUUCGUCGCUACCGCCUUACGCCAAGGCGGAGAGAAAGAGAGAAGAGACAGCGGCGUGUUAUCGUCGCGUAACGUGAUUUAAUAAUAAUGUUAAUUCGAUCGUAGCUCGUGCCAAAGAUGGGAGACUGGAAUGUACAUAGCGCUGAAACAACGUGUUUGUCGUAGUUAACCAAAGAGCGUGGUUUCGUGCUCGCCGAUUAGAAGCGGAUACGGAUAUGUAAUCCUCGUGUUAAGAAACGAGAGGCGUGACGCGAUAAAUUCAGCUUUCUAGCUGCCCCGACCAUGGCCGAGGCGAGACUUUCUUCGGCUUUCGAUUUUUGCCAUACGUUUCGCGAGGCUCGCGCGCUUCCAGGAACAGACAGCAAGAACGAGAGGCAACGAGAUCGGGGAAAGAAGAGAAUACGUAGGUUGGCAGAGAGCGAGACUCCUCGGCACGGGGAAUAAUCUCGAAGGAAGAAAAACGGAAUAACGAGAAGAGAGUGAAAGGAGAGGAAACGGCAGAGUCCGUUGUAACUAUACGAUUAACGUGAUUAUUUUUUAAUCGUAAAUUACUCGCCAAUCUUAUUUAAUAACGCCUAACGAAAUCUAGUCUUAUUUAUACUCUUUGUUAAAUCAAAAGCCGUGUUUUUUCUUUA